GUAUGCCUGGCUGAUCCAGCUUAAUACUCUUACUAAUGUAAAACGGAAGUAUACACAAUCGGUAUGUCCUAUCUGUACUUCCCGGUUAGCAAUAUACAUAAAAUUAUGUUGAUUUGGCUACGAUGAAGAUCCGUUUUCAGCUAGGACUACUUUUAAUUCUAAUCAUUGAGACUAUCAUUGUGACAGUAUCAGCGCAAAUAAAUCUUGUACCACAGGGAGUAGCGGUACAAAGAACAACUUAUCUUGAUCGUAACGCAAACCUUGCAAUUGAAGGACCUGCAAAUAAUGAAUGGGCCGACGGAUGUUCUGCCACAGCUGCAGGACAAGAAUACGCAUGGUGGGGCCUUCAACUUCCAGCAGUUGCCCAUAUGACAAACUUUCUGAUUUAUUACCGCAAAGAUACUCCUUUUCGCAUGGAUGGGUUUCGUUUGUAUCUUGAGAAUGGAACUGCAGACCAAAGUAGCACUAGCGGUCUGUGCUACACAGACCAAGGAAUUCCUGGAUAUCCCGCCAUAACUCAAAACUUAACUUGUAAUAUGCUGGCCGAAAAUAUGUAUUUUGUCAAUAGAAGGAACAAUUUUGAAUGCUAUGUAGAACUGUGUUACGUUGCAAUCUAUGGAUGCUGGAAAGGUACUUGGGGAAGAAAUUGUUCUGAAUUAUGUCCACCGAAUUGUAUUAAUCAAAACUGUUAUCCUGAAACUGGAUUAUGCGUUUGGGGAUGUGAUGCACAUAAUUGUUUGAAUAAUCAAUGUGACAAUAAAACAGGUUCUUGUACUGACGGGUGUGCAAUUGGACAAGCCGGACAGUAUUGUAAUAAGCAAUGUGAAAAUGGUUUUUAUGGUUUUAAUUGCAAAGAACAGUGCGCAACAUGCUUCAACAUGUCCUGUGAGAGAUUGGAAGGAAAUUGCUCAUUUGGCUGUAUUGACGAAAGAUACGAAGGAGUGAGGUGUCAAACCUUAGUGAAUGGAGAGAAGAAUACAAGAGACAACAAUUCCAGUGCAUCAAUAGGAGGGGGCAUAGGGGCUGUGGUUUUUAUUAUCGUUGUUGUAGCAAUACUUAUUAUUAUAUACAGGCGACGAUCUAAACCAAGAAAAGAAAAGAAUAUUAGAAAUCAAGACAAAAUAAGUAAAAGCGAGGAAAACACGUAUUGCAAUCAUAACGCUGCUUUUAAGACGGAGGAUUUAUGUCUCAAUUUAGAUAGCGAACCAAAUUUAGCUAAGGAAAAGCCUCCCUUUGCUGGUAAAACAGAGAGUAAAACAAGUGUUAUAGAAGUAAUUGACGAAUAUCCAGAAGAGUAUGACGAGGAAGAAGAAGGAAACGUUUAUAAUAAUAUACCUUCUGAAAAAUCAAUCACUCAAUAUAAAAUACCUAUAGCAGACCUUAAAAAGGUUAUCAACGAGAAAAGAAAGGAAGAAGGUUUCAAGAAUGAAUACGAGCUCUUACAUAAGGGACUUGUUCAUGCUCACUCUGAAGGUUCAAAAGAAGAAAACAAAGUUAAAAAUCGCUUUCUUACAACAUGGCCAUAUGAUCACUCAAGGGUUGUGCUGACUAGAGAUAACAAAUACGAUUACAUAAACGCUAGUUACAUUGAUAGCUAUAGCAAGGAAAAGGCAUACAUAGCAACACAAGGUCCAAAAAAGAAUACCAUAAGAGAUUUCUGGCAUAUGAUAUGGCAGGAAAAUGUUUGCAAAAUAGUGAUGGUAACGCAACUAGAAGAGGGGAGAAGGAAAAAAUGUGAGCAAUACUGGCCUGAAUCUGUCGAUCAAUCAACCAUUGUAGACAACUUUAAACUUACAAUGACCAAGGAGAAGUAUCAUACAGUUUUUGUGUACAGAUUAAUUAUUGUUUACAAUAAAACGAACAAGCAAGAAAGGAAAGUUCAUCAUUUUCAUUUCACUGAAUGGCCAGAUCAUGGUGUUCCAGAUAGCGUCAAACUGGUCACCUUUUACAGGAAAGUGAAAAGCAUAACAUGUGAUAUGAAUGGUCCAAUGGUUGUCCACUGCAGCGCUGGCGUUGGUCGGACAGGCACAUUCAUAGCUGUAGAUGCUCUUUAUGAAAACAGCAGGAAUGUUGGUUUCAUUGAUAUUAUGGAGUAUGUCCAAAUGAUGAGGAAAGACCGCAUGAAUAUGAUUCAAACACAUGAACAAUAUGAGAUUGUGUUUGAAGCACUGCUGGAGUUAUUUACUGUUCCAGAUACGUCCAUUGAAAAGAAUGAUUUCUGUGGACAACUUCUAACGCAAGAUAAUAAAACUUUACCAAAAAAUCAAACAAUGUACAGUGAAGAGUUUCAGAGAUUGCAGACGCUGAGACCAUCAUAUUCUGCGAAAAGUUUUACUGCUGCAAAUUCUAAAGAAAACAAAACAAAGAAUUCUUCGACUGCUGUUCUUGCACAUGACAAUUACAGGCCUUACUUAAUGUCUUAUAGUAAUAGCAGAAGUGACUACCUCAAUGCCGUGAUGAUUCCAGGCUAUGCAUCUGAUAGUAAAAUGUAUGUAACACAGUGCCCACUUGUUGAAACUGUAAUUGAUUUUUGGACAAUGAUAUAUGAUCACAGUUCCAGAAUAAUUGUUUUGUUAGAUCCCGAAAAUAAGGGUGCUCCAUUAUGGUUAGACAAGAAAGAAAUGCUUCAGUUUGAUAACUUCAUUAUUAUAAAAGAAACGGAAAAUUCACCGGAAGAGCCUCAGCUAACUUUACAUCAUACGAAAAAUAAAGAACAAAUCUCAAUCAAUGUGUUUACUGCUAAAGAUUGGACCAUCAGUAAUGCACCACCUUCACCAGAGUAUAUGUUAUAUCUUCUGCAGCGCGUACAAACCUGCUGGGAAACACACAAAUGUCCGAUCACUGUAGUUUGCAGAGAUGGUUGUAGUAAGAGCGGAUUAUUUGUGGCUUUGAAAUUAAUUUUGUACAAAAUGCAGAUUGAUGAAGAAAUUGAUAUUUUCCAAGUAGUAAGAGAACUGCAAACAAGGCGGCCUGAGUUCCUUGUGGAAUUUGAUCAAUACGAGUUUUGUUACAAGUUGGUCAGAGUUCAACUAGAAGGAGAUCCCAACGAUUCGGUGUAUGCGAAUACUUAGGAAAUUCUUACAGUAUAAAUAGGCGUCAAUAUUUUAUGUCUUUUAGUUUUGUGUAACUCAUUUUAUUUGCCUAUUAUUAUUUUCUCCACAGAAUUGUGGGAUUUAUGUUAACAUACCAUGCAAAUUUAAAACAUUUAUUGCAAAACCUAACACAAAUAUAAACGGAUGCAAUUCGUAGUGUUUGAACGAUCGAAUCAUUUGUCAUUUAAAAAAUCUAAAACACUUACC